AUGGCACGCUCAAAAUCGCCAGCUCUUCCCAUCUCCCUCUUCGACAUCUUCCUAGGCUCUGGCCGCACGAUCCGCAGACCCACCGGCCCUCCAGGAGUAAGCACACGACGCCACUUGAGUCCAUCAUCUGGGAAUGCUGACUCACGCAGUUCNCCCUUUCUACAGGCUGGUAAAACGGAGCUCGUUCGCGUGCGCAGACGUCCCAGUGCCCCAAAGCAAGACGACGACGAAUUCAAGGCUGCUAGUGCCAAAGGCAGCAACAAAGAGAACGCGGCAUCUGGUUCCAAGCACAGCAGUAAGAAGGAAGACAACAAGUCCAGCAGCAAGAAAGACGACAGCAAGCCAACCGAAAAAGCCGCAGACGCAAAGAAGGCAGCCGACGAACCCAAGGCCAACGGCAACAAACCUCGAGCUGGUGCCCAGAACACCUCAGAGGUUGUCUCUACUGCCGAAGAAGACGCAAAGCUACUGCUCAUGAAGACUGAAGGUAAGUCUUGGGGAGAAAUCGCAGCAGCCAUCGGCAAGACCAAGAAACAGACCACCAAACGAUUCGGCGAGAUCAAGCCUGACGACUGGAAGGCACAGAAGGGAGGCAAGCACGGUAUCGACAAGGCUGGUGUUGCUGAAGAGAAGAACGACCACAACGACAAACAACUUGCCAAGAUGAGCAACAAGGACAACAAGGUCGAAGAGCGCAAGAGCAAGUCCAACGCUAUCGACAAGCACAACCAGGAGAAGGCCCUGUCCGCCGCUGUUCUUCUGGGCGGUAAACUCGAGCACCAGCACGCACACGCUCAUCGCCACGAGGUCCGUCACGACCAUCACGUCCACCUCCACGACACUCACCCUCGCCGCUCCAGCAACGACCCCAAACCCCACCACCACACCAAAGAAUCUCGCCACGAACACAUCCGCCACGACUCAGCCCACCACCCAUCCCGCCCACACAAGGCUCACCACCGUCCUGCUUCCAUCGCUGCCUCUUCACGUACAGCUUUUACCCUCAAAACCAUGCCCUCCNNCCUCACCGAAGACGAUCUCUUCUCCUUUGGUGAACUCCAAGCUCUCUCCGAACUCAUCUCAAAAGACAUGGAGGGUAUGUGGCACAGAGUCAGUGCCGCCUUUUUCGGCAUGACAGGUCGCAGACUCGCCGCCGAAGACAUCAGAGAGAAAUUUGCUGGAUUGGAAGGCUGA